GUCACUGAAUUUUUAAUGAGAAAAAGUUCAUUUCAUUGCAAUGUUUUGAUGCUUGAAACGGAUUUUACAAUUGGUGAAACGACACGGUAUCCUAUCGCGGCAGGUACUACAUUAAAUACGAAACCCGAGACCAUGCAUUCAAUCAGUGAAUAAUCCGUCGACAAAAUGAAUCUUCAGUCGCUGUUCCAGAACUUUAACCCAAGUAAAUUCAUAGUUCACUGCAGCUUGUUCACGUUUACAAUAUUGUUCAGCCUACGGCUCGAUGGUAUUAUUGACUGGCCGUAUUGGACCAUUUUUGCUCCGUUAUGGAUAUGGAAAGCGCUGGCAACGCUAGGCGCCUUAGUCGGAGCAUUAGUUUGGUGUCGUUAUCCGCACUACAGACUGGAAGGCGACUCAUAUUCACACUUCAAAGCGAUGCUGAUAUCGUUGUCGUUGCACCUGAUUCUGCUUAUGUUUGAAUUGCUGGCCUGCGAUCGCCUAACAUCUGGCCGUCAUCUGUGGGUGUUGGUGUUCAUACCACUGAUAUUCGGCAGUAUAUCCAGUGUCGGAGCGUGCAUUUGGAGUGUGAAGCACGAUCGAUCCUUUGAAUUGGAAUUGUUUUUGGCCGUGAAUGCGUUGCAGUUCGUUUUUCUUCCACUCAAACUGGACGGAUUUGUGUCGUGGAGUUGGGAAGUUGUGUUCGUGCCACUGUGGAUUGUGUUGUGCUUGAGCUUAGUCGGUGUCUUGUACAGCAUCAUAUUUUGUGGCAUUUUGUUACGGUCACCGCAAGUAUCGCAACAACAACGAAAAUCGGCGCUGAAUUCGGCGGUUGGCAAUUCCUUUACUGUUCUUCCAAUUCUUGUUUAUCAGGUUUUGCUGGCCGAUAAAUUAGACGGCGAUCUCAAAUGGCCAUUCAUAUUUGUAUCUGGUCCAUUGCUACUGGCGCUGUUCAAUUUAAUUUUACUCAGUUUUAGUGCCAAAGGAGGCAACAAGUGGUGGUUCGGUAUUCGGAAAAAUUUCAGCCAAUUUUUGUUGUGCCGAAUACUGCAAGAAUACGGCAACAUAUCAUACCAUACCGAUGCUCACACCGACAAUGGGCAAAAUGUUCCGUUGGACGCACACUUACCAUCCGCACCGCCCGCAUCACAAAUCGAUGAAAUGGAUCGUCAUUCGAAGCGAGACAAAAAGAAUAAAAAAGUUUUCAACAAGAAAAAUAUGCCGGUCGUACCGAUCAUCAGUAUUGACAUGCCUGAUUGAAUGGGGUUGGGUAGUUUUAUAGAGGAGACAGAAGCGCGAUUUGUACGAAAAUUUACUGAUUUGUUCAUUUACUGUAAUCUCUCUCUUCACACGAAGUGUAUUUUCGUAAAUAAAUCUUUUAUUUUAUUUCUAACGUCCA